AUGUAUUUAGUCAAGCAUAGAGAUUUAAUUAAGGUCUCUUCAGUCUUCUGCCAAAAGGAACAUUUGAAAAACAAUCCCUUAGGAAUCCGAUUAGCUAGUUGUUCCAUUUCUCCUCGUGUUUUCCCAGAAGAGAAGCUGAAUUUGGACGACAGCCAGUGGGAGGACAUCCACGUUGUCACCGGAGCACUCAAGAUGUUUUUCAGAGAGCUGUCUGAGCCACUGUUCCCAUACUGCUUCUUUGAACAGUUUGUGAAGGCAAUAAAAAUCCAAGAACAUGAUAGCCAAGUGAAAGCCAUAAAGGACCUCCUACAGAGAUUGCCCAGGCCAAACUAUGACACCAUGAAAAUAUUGUUUGCACAUCUACAAAAGAUAGCGGCCAAGGAGAACAUGAAUCUUAUGUCACCUCAGAGUUUAGGAAUUGUUUUUGGACCAACUCUCCUUCGACCUGAAAAAGAGACAGGAUGCAUGGCAAUUCACAUGCUGUAUCAAAACCAGUUGAUUGAGCUGAUGCUAAGUGAAUACACCAAGAUCUUCGGCUCUGGCUGACAGACAGAGAAUGUUGCUGAAUAUGUUCACAUCUGUCUUGAUACCUAAUAUUUUUACAUUUCUGUAAACAUCUUUCUGAAAUAUUUCUUUUUCUAUCUAGUGACAGAUGCCUCAUUUUGUGAAAACUUAGUGAUGAUUUUGUCUUUACAUUUCCAAACAUUGGAAUAAAAAUAUAUUGUCAACAUUUGCUUAUAUGUACUCAGAAUUAACCCCUUGCAUGACUCAGUCUUUGCCAGUAUAUCGCCAGCAUUUUGCCUUUGUACGUGUCUUUAUUUACAGCCAAGAAUUGACAAUACAGUUGGGUCUGGCAAGUCAGAUGGUUGGAGGCCUCAACCUCACGAUGCUAUUGAUAAAUAUCAGGUCCAUUUGUAACAAAAUACUGGUUGUGGAUGAGCAAGCAGACCUGGAAUGUAUUAUCAACACUUGGUUGGGCAAGGGUGGGGACACUGCCCUCUCUGAGAUAUUCUCUCCCAGUUUUUGAGUCCUUCAGCAGCCCUGACUCCAAGAUACAGGAAGCAAGGUGGUGGUGAUUAUUCUUUGGUACAGUUUGGCAGUGGUUGGGAGCUGUGCUCUAUACAAUGUGAAUGCCCACAUUUAAAGUUGGGCUGUAGGGACAAGCUAGGAAGUCUGCCUAGGAGAUUUCCUUUGUGAGCUCCUGGUCUUCGCUGAUAAGUUGAUGUUGGUAUUAGUGCUAGAGGUCUUAAAUCUCCAUACGUUGGAGAGAUCUGAAAAGGGUCAGGAAAUUAUUGUCUCCAUGGCAAGCAUGGACUGGGCUUGAUGAUUUCUGGCCCUGCUCAUACAAUCAUAAUUUAGAUCUGGUCCUCAUGUCAGAGCUGUCAUUUUGAGUUCUGAAGGUGGAGGACAUUGUAAUUAGCUCUUUACAUGGUCAGAUCACUUCUCUUCUGGAUGAGGCUCAAAUGCCACUAGCAAACUCCACAGAGUUUGGAGGAACAAUUAAGAUGACCUGCCCCAGAUGGGUACUUUGGAUGAAUUCAGCCAGGUGCUUGUAAAUCUUCCCCACAACCUAGUAAGCAAUUCUGCCCAUCUCUGGAACUCAGAGAUGGCCAGAGCAUUAGAUGUAACACAUGAUUGUCCCAAGUGGCCUUUUCUUGUCUACUGAUCCUGGGGUGGUUCUUGGUUUACUGAGAAGCUCCAGGAAAUGAAAUGAGAGUAGAGAUGCUCAGAGCACUAGUGAAGGAGGACUAGAAGUAAACCUAGCAAAACACCUGUAAAAACUAACGUUUGAGCUUAUAUCAGGGCAGUAAGAAUACUUCCUUACCCUAAUUGCAUCAAUAGUUUGAGUCCCAGCAGCUUUCUUUGGAGUACCCCACUCCAUUUUUGGGGAAUGAUUACCAGGAUGAUCUGUCUAUAGGCUGCAUUAAGACCGAAAUUAAUUCCUGAACUUCGAUGUUUUAACUACAACUCUGCAUCAACUGCCAAAGCAAUCACACACUGCCCAUUUUAAAUUACCAUCACUUUAUAAAGUUUUGUUGUUUCCUUAGCUAUGUCAUGUUCUGUAGGGUUUUUUUUCAAUUAUUGUUAUGCCCUGAGAUGUUUUAUUGGUGAACUAUAUUAAGUUCUUUAAAACAAAAACUUUUUCCUAAAAGCUUUUUGUAUGUCUUUAGGAUUAUUUGGCUAGACUUGAAUCAAUUUAUACAUUGAUAGUUUUAGUUGUCAUGGAUAAACAAAAGGAUAAUAAAUUGUUUUACUUUGAAAUGUAUGGUUUCAGUUAUAACAUCCCCUCCAUAUUUUGUAGAAGUAUUCCACCAAUAAAAUGUAGACUUACAUCUGAC